AUGUUACCGGGAUGGCUUCAUGAAAAGACUUUCUCAGAUAAUUCUUCAAAUGUUCCAGUACAAGCUGAAGUAGUUGAAAUUGCGUUGAAACAUUUGAACAUCAAGAGGACUAGCAAUGAAAUUCGCCGAAUCAAAUCUCUUAAAUAUGCCAUCAAACCUGGGUGGACUCGCUUUGAAACAAUUAUGGUCUUAUUGCAUGUGCUGCUUGCAACGAGAAAACUUGUAGAAUCAGAGCGCAAAUUUACGGAUGAAAAAGUGAAAAAAAUUGUUAAAUUUAAAAAACAAGUAUGUGGGGAUACCAAUAAAGGAUUUGUUGUCAUUAGUCAAAAGGGAAUUGAUCCCUUAUCAUUAGAUCUUCUCUGUAAAAAUGGAAUUCUUGCAUUGAGACGUGUCAAGAGAAGAAAUAUGGAAAGAUUAAAACUUAUUUGUGGAGGAGUCGCACAAAAUUCUGUGGAUGAUUUGUCUCCAGAAGUUCUCGGAUACGCUGGACUUAUUUAUGUAUUCUUAGAGAAGAAAAAUAUACCUUUGUUGAAGAGGUUAAAAAUUCAAAAUCUGUUACGAUAUUGGUUAAAGGACCUAAUUCUCACACAAUUGCGCAAAUUAAUGAUGCCAUUGAAGAUAAAUUCAAGGGGAGGGCAAGAUGGGAGUUCAAGCAUUUGCAACGCAAUGUUGAUAAUUCCUAAAGUUUUAUCACAAAAUGGAGGAUUCAAUGCUCAGGAUACUAUUGUUGCUUUACAGGAGGAAUUUUCAGCAGAAUAUAUUAUAGGAAUACGGGAAACAUACAUGACCCUAUUGUGGAAGGGUAUUUGGGAUAAUUAUCAUAUCGGUCCCGACAAAAUCCUGACGGUCAAGAUUGAUGGUCAAGAAACCAGAUGGUUUAAUUAG